AAGCAGGAGGAGGGGAACUGCGCAUGCGUUUACUAGCAUGGUUCCUGUGGCUACAGUACCGGCUGGAGAAGUUGUGGAAUUAUUCGCAUAGUAAAGUUUAAACACUAAAAAAUGAUGGUUAACUGCGGCGAUUCAAACAAAGUGUGAAGCUCUAAGUAAAGAGUUUAUUCCACAGGAAGCAGGCGGAGGAAACAUGACGGCUAACGAGGAUCAAGAGAUGGAGCUGGAGGCUCUUCUCUCCAUCUACGAGGGUGAUGAAUGUUUUAAGGAAAUCAGUCCUGUGUCUUUCCAGUUUAGGAUAGGAGACCUAGAGGACAAAAAAGCGUUCAUCCUGGACGUCGCAUGGCCAGAAACGUACCCCGAGACAGCCCCACAAAUUUCCCUUGAUGCCUUUUUCAACAACAGAAUCUCUGCAGAUACGAAGCAGCUGAUCCUGUCAAAGCUGGAGGAGCAGGUGGAGGCCAACCUGGGCACCGCCAUGAUGUACACACUCUUUGAAUGGGCCAAAGAAAACCAGGAGGCCCUCAUGGAGAACCAUAAGCCUGUAGUGACUGCUGUGACGUUGACCUCCAGCAGCGAGGUCAUGACCGGCGGCUCCAAUGCUAAGAAGAAGGAGAGGAAGGAACAGUUGACAAAAUCUCAGAAAAGAAGGAUCAUUAACAGAACAGAUCAUAAAGGAGAGCUGCCCAGAGGUUGGAACUGGGUGGACGUAAUCAAAGUAGGUGCAUUUUACGUUUUUUCUCCACUAGGUGAUACAUGUUAUGUUGUUGAAUGAUUGUUAUUAUUCUGCCCCUGUUUAAUCUUUGUGAACAGAAACGACUGGAAUUUUUCAUGUACUCCUUUUUGUGUUUUCACUCAAACCUUGAUCCAUUUGCAGCCACCUCGCUUUACUAGCGCAAUGUUUCUGUUGCCUCAGUCUGCCUUGAAGUGAAAUGAAUCACUUCCUGCGUGCAGCAGGGGACUGUCGCCGGGUGACACGAGAUCUUAACACACAGCUACACCUACAAACGGCGUUGUGUGAACUCAUUUGACAAUAAAUGGAAUCUGACAUUCAUUUGUUUAAAUUUAAAAGUUACGCACUACACUUUUAACACCUUGUAGUAGCAUAAAUGACUAAUCUGUUCAUGUUGUCUCUUGUUUUUCUCCCCUGUGGUCACAUUACAACCUUUCCUGAAGCAUUUGAGUAAAACAGGAGGAAAAGACGAUGACUAAGUGCGAGCGCAGUGAUCCAUCCGGUGGUGCUGCUUUGCACAAAGAACUGCAGUGACGUGGGAAACCACUGCAGCCUGUUGCUGCUGCUGCAGCUGCUGCUGUUGUGGUCCAGAAGCCUUCACCUCCAACUUCACCAACAUGUUACACUCUGACAACCACAGCAGGCUCGGAACACUGGACUUGAGGACACACACACACACUUGUUUAGCUUAAGUGAGCUGGGACUGAUCAGAAAGUCCUCGCCGUGUUUUCUGUGUUUGUGGAAAAGCAGCCCCGUGAAGAGGAGCCCACUGCGUUGCGUUUCUUUAUUUAGCCCUCAGAUGCUCCGUCAUCCUUCAGGGUGGAGCCUUUUCUCAUACUUGCUCUCACUGCCAUGUUUUAGCCCAAACAUGGGUCAAACUGAGCCAUAAAUGGUGGGCUGUGAUCAUAGACCGUAUGUAAAAGUGGACAAUGUCUUCCAGUUGCGAAACAAACUCAUUUUAAAGCCUCAGGAUUUGAAUUCACGCCUGCAACCAGGCUCCUAUUGGACAACAUCAGCUGUCAAUCACGCUGGGAAAUGGGAACAUUAUUUACUAAAUUGACAUCAUGUUCUGUUGAAGAAUAGCUCGAACAAGUGACUAAGACCAUUAACGCCUUCAGGAAGAUGUUGACCGACAUUAUAAGCGACUCUCAUUCAAAGUCAUUUAGUGGAUAACUGCUACUUUCACCCUACUUUAUGGGCUUUACUCAAACCAGAAGACCACGUCCAUUUUUAUAUAUAGUCUGCUUGUGGUUGUGAAUGGAUGUGUCAGUGUUCUGAAAUAUCGCGUGACUCUAAGAAAAAACAGAUUCACACAUUAUGUUACUUCUGUCACAUUCUCUUCUUUUGAUAAAUGUUUCCCCCCCCCUAUUCAUUGAAAACUUAAUUUUUUUAUAUAUAUAUAUAUAAAUAUUUAAAUAAAACCACAGUUGGUCUGCUGCUUGUCUAAUGAUGUGUGUUAAUGCCGCCAUCACUGCCAAAGAUCCUCCACCGGCUAACAAACAAAAUCAUCACUUUGAGGUCACAGCAAAGUCAGUGAGACAUUUGAAAAUACUUGAUUAAAAACACUUGUAUUUUAA